AUGGACAAGAAGGCCAACAUCCGGAACAUGUCUGUUAUUGCCCAUGUGGACCAUGGCAAGUCCACUCUGACGGACUCCCUGGUGUGCAAGGCGGGUAUCAUCGCCUCUGCCCGGGCUGGGGAGACUCGCUUCACUGACACCCGGAAGGACGAGCAGGAGCGUUGCAUCACCAUCAAGUCAACGGCUAUCUCCCUUUUCUAUGAGCUUUCAGAGAACGACUUGAAUUUCAUCAAGCAGAGCAAGGAUGGCUCUGGCUUCCUCAUCAACCUCAUCGACUCCCCUGGGCACGUUGACUUUUCUUCAGAGGUGACAGCCGCGCUCCGUGUCACUGAUGGUGCCUUGGUGGUAGUGGACUGUGUGUCGGGUGUGUGUGUGCAGACAGAGACGGUGCUGCGCCAGGCCAUCGCUGAGCGCAUCAAGCCGGUGCUGAUGAUGAACAAGAUGGACCGGGCCCUGCUUGAGCUGCAGCUGGAGCCUGAGGAGCUCUACCAAACCUUCCAGCGCAUCGUGGAGAACGUCAACGUCAUUAUCUCCACCUAUGGCGAGGGCGAGAGCGGCCCCAUGGGCAACAUCAUGAUUGACCCUGUCCUUGGUACUGUUGGCUUUGGGUCUGGUCUCCACGGUUGGGCCUUUACCCUGAAGCAGUUUGCAGAGAUGUAUGUGGCCAAGUUUGCCGCCAAGGGCGAGGGGCAGCUGGGGCCUGCUGAGCGGGCCAAGAAGGUGGAGGACAUGAUGAAAAAGCUGUGGGGAGACCGAUACUUUGAUCCAGCCACCGGCAAGUUCAGCAAGUCAGCCAACAGCCCUGAUGGCAAGAAGCUGCCACGAACGUUCUGCCAGCUCAUCUUGGACCCAAUCUUCAAGGUGUUUGAUGCAAUCAUGAACUUCAAGAAAGAGGAGACGGCAAAACUAAUUGAAAAACUGGACAUCAAGUUGGACAGUGAAGAUAAGGACAAGGAGGGCAAACCACUUCUGAAGGCUGUGAUGCGCCGCUGGCUGCCUGCUGGGGACGCCCUGCUGCAGAUGAUCACCAUCCACCUGCCUUCCCCUGUGACGGCCCAGAAGUACCGCUGUGAGCUCCUGUACGAGGGGCCCCCAGACGAUGAGGCAGCCAUGGGCAUUAAAAGCUGUGAUCCCAAAGGCCCUCUCAUGAUGUACAUUUCCAAAAUGGUGCCGACCUCUGACAAAGGUCGGUUCUAUGCUUUCGGCCGGGUCUUCUCAGGGCUGGUGUCCACUGGACUGAAGGUCCGCAUCAUGGGACCCAACUAUACUCCUGGGAAGAAGGAGGACCUGUACCUGAAGCCGAUCCAGAGGACAAUCCUGAUGAUGGGCCGUUACGUGGAGCCCAUCGAGGAUGUGCCUUGUGGCAACAUUGUGGGCCUGGUGGGUGUGGACCAGUUCCUGGUGAAGACUGGCACCAUCACCACCUUCGAGCAUGCCCACAACAUGCGAGUGAUGAAGUUCAGUGUGAGCCCUGUUGUCAGGGUCGCUGUGGAGGCCAAGAACCCAGCCGACCUGCCCAAGCUGGUGGAAGGUCUGAAGCGGCUGGCCAAGUCAGACCCCAUGGUUCAGUGCAUCAUUGAGGAGUCUGGGGAGCACAUCAUCGCAGGGGCUGGGGAGCUGCACUUGGAGAUUUGCCUCAAGGACCUGGAGGAGGAUCACGCCUGCAUCCCCAUCAAGAAAUCUGACCCAGUUGUCUCAUACCGGGAGACUGUCAGUGAGGAGUCGAACGUGCUCUGCCUGUCCAAGUCCCCCAACAAGCACAAUAGGCUUUACAUGAAGGCGCGGCCCUUCCCUGACGGCCUGGCUGAGGACAUCGACAAGGGCGAGGUGUCCGCCCGCCAGGAGCUCAAGCAGCGGGCCCGCUACCUGGCUGAGAAGUACGAGUGGGAUGUGGCCGAGGCCCGUAAGAUCUGGUGCUUCGGCCCUGAUGGCACGGGCCCCAACAUCCUCACGGACAUCACCAAGGGUGUGCAGUACCUCAAUGAAAUCAAGGACAGUGUGGUGGCUGGCUUCCAGUGGGCCACCAAGGAGGGGGCGCUGUGCGAGGAGAACAUGCGGGGGGUGCGCUUUGAUGUCCAUGAUGUGACACUGCACGCUGAUGCCAUCCACCGUGGGGGUGGCCAGAUCAUCCCCACGGCUCGGCGCUGCCUGUAUGCCAGUGUGCUGACUGCCCAGCCCCGGCUCAUGGAGCCCAUCUAUCUUGUGGAGAUCCAGUGUCCGGAACAAGUGGUUGGUGGCAUCUACGGUGUCUUGAACAGGAAGCGGGGUCACGUCUUUGAGGAGACCCAGGUGGCCGGCACCCCUAUGUUUGUUGUGAAGGCCUACCUUCCUGUCAAUGAGUCCUUCGGCUUCACUGCUGACCUGAGGUCCAACACGGGCGGCCAGGCCUUCCCCCAGUGUGUGUUCGACCACUGGCAGAUCCUGCCCGGUGACCCUUUUGACAACACCAGCCGCCCUAGUCAAGUGGUGGCGGAGACGCGCAAGCGCAAAGGCCUGAAAGAAGGCAUCCCAGCCCUGGACAACUUCCUGGACAAGUUGUAG